GAAUCUACAAACGACGGGAACGACUCCGAGUCCUCCAGCAGCUUGCGUCCUUCACCUUUGAAUGUCGAAAAGAAUGGCUGCAGCUCAUCUGGGAAUAGCCUCAGGCCAGCCGCGCUGGGGAGCCGAAGCCGUUCGUAUGGUGGUCCCAGUCACGUGACUCGCACCUCCCUUUCUUCUAUCCACUCCGAUGGCCAGCAAAUCGAGCAGCUCAAGCUGACGCUAGAUGCGCAAAAGCACACCAUAUCGACGCUUACCGACCAAUUCUCGAGCCUCAAGGGCAGCCACGAGGCUCACGUCAGCAGCCUCGUCGAAUCCCACGCCAAGGAGAUGAACUCCCUAAGGACGUACAUCGAAGGAUUGGAACAGAGGCAAUCAAGAUCAAAGCCUCUCAAUCAUGGUAAGUCAUCCUUCUGCGCCGUCGAUCGGCUUACUUAGCCGCUGGCUAGCUCCGAGUUCCCAUAUGAUGAUUAUGCUUGAUACCGAGCAGUCCGAUUGCCGCCCGAAAGACAAGUCUCUAACCAAUGCGCCAGACCAGCCCCAGGAUGCUCAAAAUUUGCAAACAUUCAGAGAGAUCCGGCCAGACUCUCCGAAUUCGGUUCCUUCUGUACCUCCCAGGGCACCAACCCGUAGCUCCAAGGAGGAAGACCGUGUCCGUCGGGAGCACUCCAGAUUGAAAAAGAAGAUCGAGACUGCAAACUCACAGACGAUCGCUAUCAUGACUCAGCUCGAGAAUGCCAGAAAGCAAGAAUCUGCUUUUCGGAAUGAGGUUCAGGCUCUAGAGGCGCGACUCGAAGAAGCCAACAUGGAGAAAGUCGAUGCGCUUGAGGCUGCAUUCACGUAUGAGGGCGAAAUCAAAAGGCUUCAGCAGAAGCACAAAACUCUCUUUCAGGACAAGGAAUUGCGUGUCGAAGCUGUCCAUGCUCAAUCCCAGGAUUUCGCACGUAAACUUGAGAGCGCCGAGUCAGAGAUUAAUAAGCUUACAGCUCAACUAAAGACCGCGAAUGAACGAAGACCUGAGGAGGACGCAAUAUCAGCAUUCGUUCGUCAGAUUGAAGACCUGCAAUCCAAACUCACGACCUCGAAAUCUGACCGACAUCGUCUCAAGAAAGAAAAUGAGCACUUCCGUCUAGAGCUCGACGACGCCGAGCAGCGGCUUAAAGAAGUGAUGAAGGUGAAUGAAAAACUUGUCCGCGAAGGUACUCAGGGGGGUGAGUAUGGCCGUGUUCGUCGUGAGAAUCUCGAACUCAAGGCAAAAUGCUCAAAAUACGAGGAGUCGAUCGCAAAGAUCCAACUCAACUCCGAAGAGUAUUACCGCUUGCUCAAAUCCGAGAUCAAGAGAAAAGCCUGCAAGCGUCAGCAGUGCCUCGAAGAUGGCCAUCUUGACCCGCUGCUAUACCCUCUAGCCAACACGGAUCUGUCCCCACGCGACAAAGAACGCCUCUUGAGCAAAGAGAUGAAAGAAACCAAAUCUAAAGCCGCACGCCUCUUGGGAUUGAGCGAAGACUCCCAAGAUCCUCAAACGCAGUUGCGUAUCCUUGAGAAGGAGAACGACUACCACGUCCGUGACAUUGUCGCCUACCGCGUUGUCGUGCGCGAUUACGAGCGUGAAGCGAAAAAGCUCGCGGCUCGUAUUCAGAAGCGCGACACCAUGUUACUCCAACUUCAACAGCAUAAGCAGACGCACCCUUCGCCCUCGCGAGACACACCUCAGAGCUCCGUAUCCAGCGCGUCCACCGGUCCCGGUUACUCGCCCCGCACGCCCCAAUUUCCACCCGGAACUCCAAGCACAGCGAUGAGCACGCCUCUCUCAAGCAUCAGCAUGGGUAGAACAGAGCGCGCAGCGUCCGCACCCCAAGGCUCCGGUCAGGUUCCGAAACUAGGCUCACGCUCCAGCUUUAGCAUACACAAGAAACUCCCCAAGCCGCCACCCCUCACAUCCCCCAGUGAGGACAGUCCCAAGAACCCUCGAGGACUGGGAAUAACAUCACACCCAUAUUCUGGCCCGCCACCAUCCCCUUCACCAAGAAGCGUACCGCGUAUCGGCAACAGCCCCAUGCAGAGCCUAACCCCUAUCCGCGAGGUCAGUCUGAAGAUGCGCAAGAGCCGGCGAACUAUGAGCGAGAGCGUCGUUACCGCGUAUCCCAGAACGCCACCCAACGGCACAGGUCGAGAAUCGGACGCCUCACCCGAAAAGACGGAGCGCUCUUCAAGCAACGAGUCCGUCCCGCGGCCCAGCCUCCCCGAGCUCGCAGGCAACUCGGCGAUUCCCGCUUCUCAGGACGCGACUAUCACGUCGCCAGAUACUACAUCUGCAGCCCACGACACCGAAAGGGAACGCGAGAUGUGGAAAUCCCGCAAGGCAGCCGUGCGCGCAAACGUCCUCGCGCGCGCCGAGGGCCGCACCGACGCCAGCGAACGCAGCGAUGGAAGCCCCAUGGGCCGCGUCCUCCGGCUCAAGAGGAGUAAGAAGGAUCUCGGCGGAAGCGUCGAGGAAGGGAAGAGGAGCCCCGGCUUUUGGCGCGGGGAUGGGAUCAAGGGCCACAGUCGUACCCGGAGUGAAGCUUGAAACAAGCAGUCUCCCCGAGUUGAUGACUUCGUGGUGGCUUGCUGAUUGUUGACGUACUGGCUACUUUGCCGUGUUCUUGCAGUAUAUCUUUCUCUAAGAAUGUCUCUCGAACCCUUUUUUCUUUCUUUUAUUUUCGUUUUGUUUCGGGCUCGACCUGGCGUGGA